UGUAAGAACAAAAACAUGGCCAUGCAAAAUGAUAAGCUAUCUAAAAACUUGCUUCAUUCUCAAACUCACAUAUGGAACCACAUUUUUAGCUUUAUAAAGUCCAUGUCACUCAAAUGUGCAAUUCAGCUACAAAUACCCGAUAUCAUCGAUCGCCAUGGCUCACCAAUGUUGCUUUCCGAAUUAGUGGAAGCUCUAGCGAUAAAACCUGAGAGAACCCAGUUUGUCUAUCGCCUUAUGCGUAUCCUUGUUCACACCGGUUUCUUCGUGAAACAAAGUGUAUCCUCAACAAGACUAUAUGAUGAGGAGGAAGGAGAAGGCUAUUCGCUAGCUCCUCCCUCUCGAUUGCUUCUAAAAGAAGAUCCGUUAAGCAUUAGGCCCUUUUUGCUAGCCAUGUUGGAUCCAAUGCUAAUAGAUCCAUGGCAAAACAUGAGCGAAUGGUUCCACAGUGAUGAUGUUACAGCUUUUCACACUACUCAUGGAGGGAGUUUAUGGGACCUAGCAGGCCAAGAGCCGAGGCUUAAUCGGUUCUUCAAUGAUGCGAUGGCUAGUGAUGCGAGGCUUGUGAUGGGUAUCAUUCUUAAACAAUGUACGCGUGUUUUUCAAGGGUUAGAUUCCAUCGUCGAUGUAGGUGGUGGUACUGGGACCGUUGCAAAAGCUAUAGCGGAAGCUUUUCCUGCGGUUAGCUGCAUCUGUUUUGAUCUUCCUCAUGUUGUUGAUGGUUUGGUUGGAAGUAAGAACCUGACUUAUGUUGGUGGAGACAUGUUUGAAGCUUUUCCCAAUGCUAAUGCGGUUUUGCUAAAGUGGAUUUUGCAUGAUUGGAGUGACGAGGAGUGUAUAAAAAUAUUGAAGAAUUGCAAAGAGGCGAUUCCGAGCAAGCAAAAUGGAGGAAAAUUGGUGAUCAUAGACAUGGUCAUGAAGGUUGACAAAUGCGACGGUGAAUUAUUCGAGUCUCAACUUUUCUUUGAUAUGCUUAUGAUGACUUGUGUAACUGGAAGAGAGAGAACCGAAAAAGAUUGGGCAAAGCUCUUCGUUGAUGGUGGCUUUAAUGAUUAUAAAAUAACUCCGAUUUUAGGUUCAAGGUCUCUCAUUGAAGUAUAUCCAUAGUUAAGUGAUGAAGUUGUAUAUCUAAGUAAUCGUUCGUUGGUGGUUAUUUUGUAUCAAGGUUUUCAUUCAAUAAUAUGUUUCAUACCAAAUUCAAGCAGUUACAACUGAUUAUCCACAUAGUUAUAUAUA